AUAAUUGUGACUUUUUGUUUCAGAUAGCCUAUAUGACUUACAGGAAUUGAAUAUUUUUCAAAACCUCGCUCUCUUUAGUAAACUUACACUAGGUCGUACCGAACAAAUACUAAGUGAUGACAAAGUACAACAAUUACUCAAAUCCGAUGAAUUAUUUGAUCUAGUAAUAGUAGAAACUUUUCAUAAUGAAGGUCAUCUUGCAUUUGCCAAACACUUCAAUGCUCAUUUGGUUUUGUUCAGUUCAAUAGCUCUAUCGCAAUGGAGCUCUGAAUUAAUUGGUAACAUUAAUCUUCCGUCUUAUUUACCAACUCCAUUCUCUAUAUCUACCACAUAUAUGGAUUUUUCGGAAAGAUUUUUAAAUACAAUAGCAUUAUGGUAUGAUAAGUAUCUAAAAAUAUUUUACCAUUACCCUGCACAACAAAGUUUGUUAAAUAAAUACUUUCCUAAACAUUAUGAUCUAGAAGAGGUUAUGUACAAUUCCAAUCUAAUAUAGACAUGUUCGCAUGUAAGUACUUCUGAGUCUGUACCGCUAACAUCAUCGGUAAAAGAAGUGGGAGGAUUACACAUAACCCCUAAAAAACUCCCAGAGGAAUUUCAGUCUUUCCUGGAUUCAGCAACUGAUGGUGCCAUAUUGUUUAGUAUGGGUUCAAACUUAAGAAGUAGUAGUUUGCCUAAUGAAACUAUACAAGAAAUCGUUUAUUUAAUAGGAACUUUAAAGCAAAAUGUAAUAUGGAAAUUUGAGGGCGAUUUAACAGAUGUUCCACCUAAUUUGAUGAUAUCUAAAUGGAUACCACAAAGCGAUAUUUUAGCUCAUCCAAAUGUAAUAAUGUUCAUUUCCCACUGUGGCAUGGGUGGUACCACAGAAGCAGUGUAUUAUGGCGUUCCUGUAGUUGGUAUAGCAAUAUACGCAGAUCAAUUUCUCAAUCUCAAGAAGCUUUCCAGUUUUGGUAUGGCAGUUGAAAUUCCUUUCCAACAGUUUUCUGGUAAAAGCCUGGGAACAGCUAUCGACAUAAUUCUACAAGAUCCGAAAUAUAACAAAAAUGCAAAAAUUAGGUCUCGAAUAAUGAAGGAUAGAGUAAUGGAACCUUUAGACGAAGCAGUAUACUGGGUGGAAUAUGUUAUACGACAUAACGGUGCCAGUCAUUUAAAGAGCUCAGUGGGCUCUUUAACGUGGUAUCAGUUGUACUUACUUGAUGUUAUUUUAGUGAUAUUUGCUAUACCUUAUAUAUUAUUUUUAUUAAUACGCUACACAAUAAGAAUUUCUAGCUUAAAACAUAAAAAUUAAAUAGUUUUUACUACUACAAUGUGGCUGUGUGAUUCCCACCCUCGAAAUAAUGUUAAAUCUCCAGGAAUAUGAGUAAUGAACUAUAAGCAAAAUAGCUACGUUGAAACAAUUUAGCAAGUCUACUGCCCUUAAUUUUGGAAGUCCACUAUGUUCAAUAUGGUAUACAGGGUCCGGCAAUAAUGUGUCAGGCAUCUGUAGCUCCUAUAAUAAAGAACUUA